AUGACCGCCCGACAGUCCACACCACCGUCCGAUAACAACUCCCAUUCUGACGGCAACGUCCGAAAGAGGGUGUGUAAGGCGUGUGAUCGAUGUCGACUGAAGAAGUCAAAGUGUGAUGGCGCCAACCCAUGCGGCCGGUGUCGCGCAGACAAUGCCAUCUGUGUCUUUGGUGAGCGCAAGAAGGCUCACGACAAGGUGUAUCCGAAGGGAUACGUCGAGAUGCUUGAGCAGCAACAGGCCUGGCUCGUAUACGGUCUACAAGAACUCUACCGACGAACGCACGAUGGAGAAGGCUGGCCCGGGGAGCCGUUGAAGGUCGAGGCCAACGGCCACCCGCUGACACACGAUAUGCUUACUGCCUUGGGCGCCCUGGAUCAGACGAAAGGAGAACAUUUCGAAGAGAACACGGAAGCCCUGCAGCAGGAGCUAUGGCAACAGAACGCUGGCCACAUGCAGCGCCAGGAGUCGUCCGAUGGCAGCUCAGACACCGCGCACUCGCCCGUCACCCAGUCGCGAUUCCCAGAGAACACCUUCGCGCGACACCAGCUGCCGCCCACACCUCCGAACUACAGCCCUGCGUCACGAUCGCAACCGUUGUCUGCCAAGGCAGAGCCGGCGCCCCAGAACAAUACAGCCUUUUCCACCCCUCUAUCGAUGCAGGGAGUCGUCAACCCGAUCGCUCUCCAGGGUUCGCAACAAUGGCCCCAGAACGGCUUUGGCCCGUUCGACGAGAUGGAUUUCAUGGGAUCGACCGACUACAGCAGUCUGCCGUUUGACGACCCGCAGGUGUCGUCGCCCAUGUUCAACCGCCAGAUGCCCCUCAGCUGCAUGCCAUCGACAUCAUUUAUGGACACGAACGACGACUUCAACCAAUUCCUGAAUCCGAACCCGACGGAGAUCACCUCGAUCUAG